CUGCCGCCCCCGCCCCUCCGCCCCCUCCCGCCUCCCCCACUCCCCUUCCACCCCACCCGCCACCCACACUCCGCUCCGCAGCCGGGCCCCGAGCGAGCUCCGCGCGCCCGGGCGGGAGCCGAGGGCUCCCCGGGUUCAAAGGGCCGCAGCCCCGAGGGAAUGCCCUCCUCGCUGUGCCCCGAGGGGCAGAAGCGGACCGCAGGGCGGUGGGACCGGCCCGGGCCACGACAUUGUGCGAUACGUCGGUCACAGAUAAUGGGUUUUAACCGAUGGGAAGAAGGCCUGUGCGUUUCGGCUUCUCGUAAGGUUUUGACGAAGGAAAAAAGUCCGGUGACGGUCAAGUUAGGCUGCAGAAGGCUGGGAACAUGGCCAUGCCAUUCCAGUUUCCGCAGCGAGGUGGCGCUCCAGGGUGCGGCAGCGCACCCAGCCGGCGGCCGCCGAGCGCGCCGGCCGCGUUCCCGCAGCGACGCAGCGGCCGCGGAGCCGGGUUCGCGCCGGUCCCUGUCGCCUCUGCACCCGAAGUCGGAGAGCGCUCAGCCCCCUCUGGGCCGACCGGUCCGCAGGGCGGGCGAAGGCCUGAGGCCACGACCGGGGAAGACGGGCGGCGGCGGCGAGCCGCGACCCCGGCCGGGGCCGGUGCACACUCCCGGCGCUGUUGCUCCGGGGAAUCUGCGAAGUUCGCGUUCGCGGUGGGACCCGGGCGGGGCCGACGCCAGGUGGCCUCGGGUGCCCGGCCUGGGCCACGGUGGCCGCUGGCAAGCUUUGCUGAACCUGCACCCUAUCGCUUCCUACCAGCUGUGCUGCUGCUUUUAG